AUGGUAAUCUUCAUUGUUGGGCUUGUUCUCUAUCGACUCUACCUCAGCCCCCUAGCUAAGUUCCCUGGUCCUCGGUUGGCUGCUGCGACGGGCCUCUAUGAAUUUUACUAUGAUGUGAUUCGUGAUGGUCAAUUCGUUUGGCAUAUCGAGCGCCUGCAUCAGAAAUAUGGUCCGGUGGUGCGCAUCAAGCCGUGGGAGAUACAUGUGAAAGACCCGGACAACUACAACACACUGUAUGCGGGAGUGACGCGGAAGCGGAACAAGGACAGCUGGUUUACUUUCGUCGGAUGGCCUACCUCUAUAUUUUCGACAAAUGGACACGCGCUGCAUCGCGCUCGACGGAGUGUGUUGGCGCAGUUCUUCAAAAGGCAGGCGAUUCUGGAUGUGGAGCCGCUGAUUCAGAACAACAUCCGGACUUUAUGUAGCCAGUUUCGCCAUGCGCAGAGGGGAAACUAUAGCUUAGAGCUCCAUACCGCAUUCCUGUGUUUUACGAGUGAUACCAUAUCGCAGUAUGCGUUUGGGAAACACAACGGCUUUCGCACUCUGUCUCAAGCAGAGCUGAGUACGGCUUCCAAAACGAAGAUGGUUUGUACGUUUGAGCUUGUUCAAAUGGCAAGACAUUUUCCCUGGAUUUGCAAGCUGGCACAUGUCUUCCCUUGGCCGGCAAAACUCUUGAAUGCGGACUUCGUUGAAUCCUUGACACAGGAAAGAGAAGUUCAAAACAUGGUUCGCAAGGCCAUACAGGAACGUGGUAAGGGAAGCAGUGAGAAGCCUAUGCCAAUUUAUCCUGCGAUUCUAGAGAAUGAUAGGGUACCUGAAGACGAGAAAAGGUUCUCCCGCCUGGCUGAUGAUGCGAAUCUCCUGGUUCUGACCGGGACCGAUGCGCCAGGAAGGGCCUUGGUCAUGACUUUAUAUUUCAUAUUGCGGGACCCAGAGGUGCACAGAAAGCUACGCGCUGAACUGUGUGCUUCUUGGCCAGAUGCUUCCAUGGAUUUAGAGCUUAUAGCAUUGGAAAAGCUACCUUAUUUCACUGCCGUGUUGAAGGAGGGACUACGAUUGGGCCCUAUCGUCAGCACACGUCUGCCACGUGUCGCACCGGAUGAAAUCUUGCAAUUUCAUGGAUAUGAGGUUCCACGCGGGGUAAGUCUAGAUCUCUCCUCCAGCAGCCGAAUGCUGGGCUAA